AUGGGGGUGCUGGGAGCCACGGCCUCUGAGGCAAAAGCGGGGAAGAGCAAGAUCAGACCACCCGAGAAACCCACGAAGCUCUUCAAUAGACGAAUUCCAGGUCUUGCGGACAUGCCCGAAGGCGGCACAGCCGAAAUUACUUCCGAGCUCCUCAGAAGCGAAGAUGAAGAUACCCCUCCGGAGGAAGUAUUCUAUUCCAUCAGGACCCCGGUCAACGGGAAAGUCGUCCUAAAGUCAUCCCCCCAAAACAGGGCCCUGCGGUUCUCUCAGUCUCAGAUAAACAGCCGACUUGUUCAAUUUGUACAUGAAGGAGCCCCGGAGGGAGGGUUUUCUUUCGAUGUGUCGGAUGGAGAGAACAUGUCCCCCGGACAUUUCUUUGCCGUGGUCGCCCACAGGAAGCCAACCAUCGCUUUGGAAAACAAGCAAGAUUUAACCGUUUGUCCAGGUUCUUCGUGGCCAAUCACAAGGCAGAACUUGAAAGCCACAGCCAAUGACGAAGCAGAGGCUCGGUCCAUAGUCUACAUCAUUGAACGGCCCCCAAAAUUCGGCAAGUUGGUCAAGAGCUUGAAGGGCAGCAAAGAAGAGGACUUGAAGAACUUCACCCAGGCAGAGGUGGACAAUGGAGAGAUCUUCUAUCAGCAUGACAUGCCAGACCGACCUUUCUGGCUUCUCCACGAUGCCUUUCACUUCCGAAUUUCUUCUCCGUCCACAACCACAGACCCGUACAUCCUCAGACUUUCCGUCUCGUUCGAAAUCAGCUGUCCCCGGCAUACCACUCAGCUGUGGAGAAACAAAGGUCUCGUGGUUCCAGAGGCCCAAAGUGCAGUGAUCGACACCUCUGUUUUGGAUGCUUCAAACCUCCUUGCCAAAGAACCAGAAUCCAAGAGAGCAGCAUACGAUGUGAUAUUCCUAAUUACGGAGCUGCCCCAAUAUGGGAGUUUAUCCCUCCCAGAUGGGCCUGUCAAUCGAAGGCACCCCUAUUUCCUGCAGUCCAACCUGAAAGAAGGUGGUCUGGAAUAUGCUCACCAUGGGUCUGGUCUUCUCGACGACCAUUUCAAAUUUAACGCCUGGCUCCGGGGCGCUGCUGUGGAAUCCCUUCAGCCUCCACAGAAAGGAGAGGAAGUGGUCAUUUCCGGAACCUUCAACAUAACAGUGAGCGACAGCAACGAGAUGCCACCAGAGCUGAUCACCCAAGGAGGGGUUCUACAGGUUCUCCACAAUUCUCCAGUGGUGCUCUCUCAAGAGUACUUGAACGUCAUGGAUCCUGAUAGUUCUCCGGGUGAAAUCCAGUAUGAGGUCCUCUCUGGGUCUUCCAAUGGCUUUGUGGUCAACGUACUCAAUAAACAAGUGCCUCUAACUCACUUUACCCAAGCAGAUAUCAAUGAUGGGCACCUCAUGUUCAUUGCCAAUAAGACUAACUCUCCGAGGACUUUAGACCUUUCCAUCUCUGAUGGACGCAACCCACCCAUCUUCACUUCUCUGGAAGUCAUGGUUCUUCCGGCGACCACAUGGGCAACCAACCAGACACCCUUGGAAAUUGCCCAGGAGGUGAAUAUGGCUCCGUUGUCCCAAGGUCACCUUCUAGGGGCUUCGGAACGAGGAGAUCCAAACACCUUCUAUAGACUUAUCCGGGAUCCUCAGUUUGGCCAAGUCCAAGUCCGUCAAAAGCCAGCUGGAGACUUUUCGCAGAAGCAGGUGGACGAUAAGGAAGUGACAUUCACGUUCACAGAUUUCACCUCCCCCAAAGAUGAGUUUCAGUUCAUCGCAACGUCAGGAGGGGUCAAUAUAUCAGGCACAGUGAAUGUAACAGUCAAGGCCUUGGUCAAGAGUCAGGAGGAGAUCCUUUGGCCAAGGGGGACCACCAUUGUACUCAACACCGACGUCCUUGAUGCAAGUGAAUUGGCCAACAGGACCAAGAGCGUUCCGGUUUUCAAGAUCCUCCGAGCACCCCGAGGGAGCCAUUUUGUCAAAGUCUUUAGAGACAAAGGGGACCAUCCCACCCCCAUCGAUGCCUUUGACCAGCGUGACCUCGAGAGAGGGAUGGUGGCGUUGGAAAUCUGGGACGAAGACUCACGGCCGGGUCUUCAACAGGACAGCUUCCAGUUCGAGUUGGUGGCCGAGGGAGUCCCACCUGCUUUGGCAUCUGUGACGUACAGCACGGAGGCCUUCAACUCCUCGACGACGUACGGGGCCACACUGCUCCACGCGCCUGACCUCCAAGACGGCCACCACCGCCCCGCGACCCAAAGUACUGCCCCUUCUUCCACGACACACGCAAGCUGGCUGCAAGGAUCAGAGGCCCCCGGGCAUGGCUCCAGCAAGCCGCCUGUGCGUCCGACCGCCUGGGCGGGCCACGGGGCCACGACCAGUGCGUCUCCCGCAGAAAAAGGCACGCUCCUCAGCUUCAUCGAAGCCAACAUGUUCAGCGUCAUCCUGCCCAUCUGCCUCAUCCUCUUGCUCCUGGCCCUGAUCCUCCCGUUGCUGUUCUACCUCCACAAGCGCAACAAGACCGGCAAGCACGACGUCCAGGGGACGCCCCCCAAGUACAAGAACGGGACCGUGGGCGACCAGGAGACCUUCCGGAAGACAGACCCCAACCAAGCCAUCCCUCUGAUGACCGUCAACACUCUAGAGGCCAAAGGGCCCGUCUCAAAAGGCCCGGCAGGGCAGCAAGACCCGGAACUUCUCCAGUACUGUAGGACAUCCAAUCCAGCCUUGAAAAAUAGCCAGUACUGGGUGUGAACACUGAGGCUAGGGACUAAGAACAAUUAUCUCCAUGUGGAGGACCAUAGCUAUACUGAUGUUCUAAGGGUCUUCUCGCUUCUUUCUUUCUUUCUUUCUUCUCCUUGCUCUCCUCUUUGCUGAAAUAUAUGAGACGGUCCCUGGGAGAUAAGUACGUGGGUUCUCUCGUCUCAGUUUCCUCAAAGACUGGCCGAUCAGCAGGGAAAUCCAAUGAAGCAAACGGGAUUCAGACCGGUCUCUGUGUGCACGCGCGGGAUUCCGAGGGAGUUGCGGAACGUGGUGCGGGAAUCCGCUUUCUCAGAAUUUCAGCUUUGCUUUCUUUUCUUUUUUUAAAAAAGGAGAGAGUCCUUCUGACUGUAAAGGAAUGCCGGAAAGUAGGUGAGCGAUCCAAAAUCUUGGAGCCUGCCGAGAGGAACUGAAUUAAGAAUUCCAGUGGUUGGGGCGCAGAGGGGGGAGCUUCAAUGGCUUGGAAUAUUUCCCCCCCCCCCCAUAAUUAGCAAAGCCAGAAUAACUGUUUUGAGUUAUCAUGAGAACAUAAGAACAAGCCGGCUGGAUCAGACCAGAGUCCAUCUAGUCCGGCACUCUGCUACUCGCAGUGGCCCACCA